AUGGAGUUAUGCAAGUUGAAUCACUUGAGUGUGAUUGAUCUUUCUCGUAGAAAUCUUUCUGGUCAGGUUCCCCCUUGCCUAAAAUUCACCACCCUUGGGGAUUUAGACUAUGUUAAUGCCAAAAUGAUUGGCUAUAGCGUAUUCUCGUUGAAUGUAUCGAUAGAUUUUUCAAUGAAAAAUGGGUACAACUCUUACAGGGGAAGAAUCAUACCACUGGUAUUUGGAAUCGAUCUCUCUUGCAGCAAACUGGUCGGUGAGAUUCCUCCUCAAAUUGGAAACUUGCACAAGAUACUUGGGAAAAUCGAAAGUGUGGAUCUUUCCUACAACAAAUUGAGUGGAAAUAUCCCUUCUCAACUUGUGGGGUUAAGUUUCAUGUCUACUUUCAAUGUGUCGCUCAACAACUUAUCUGGAAGGACACCAUCAAGAGUUGCACAAUUUGGAACAUUCGAUGAAUUCAACUACUUGGGAAAUCCUUUUCUUUUUGGUGAACCAUUGCCAAAGUGCGCAGAUACUGGAUCAUCACCACCAAAGCCAAAUUCAACAACUAACAAUGAUGAAGACUAUGGUUUAAUAUACAUGAGGGCAUUUCGUUUGACUUUCAUCACGUCUUACAUAAUGAUAUUGUUGGUUGUUCCUGUCGUGCUACACAUAAAUCCCUAUUGGAGACGAGCUUGGUUCUAUCAUGUAAUGACCGCUGCCACUUUCUACUACUAUUUUGUGCUAGACAAUGUUCUCCCGAGACGGUUUCAUUGUAGAAAUUUGUAG